ACUGUGUACAUUGAAAUCAUUGAAGCUGCAUUUUUUAAAUGUCAUAACAAUAGAAAUACUUUUUUAAACUGAUUUAUAUUUAAUAAUUAAACUUUAAUGUGACUUUUAUUAAUAUAAUAAACAUAGUCUUCCAAAACCGGUAAUUUCUUAGUGUUCUUAAUCGUAGUCUAGUGAAAUAUAAUCGUGUCUAACCUCACUUUAUAUUUCUUAGUGAAACAGCAAGUUUUAUAUAAAUUAUUCGAGUUAUUUAUUUAUAAGCGGUGUGAAUUUAAAUUCGAAAUGAUUAGUGAACAAUGUUUAACUGAUCACUGUGAUAGUGUGAAUUGUAAUAUAGUGCAUACAAAUAUGAGGUCUACAAUAACUUUCAGACCUAGGAGUUCGCUGGCUAGAGCUUUGUACGAAAAGCAAAGACACGACGAAUAUCUUGAAAAGUUUGAUAAGAAUGAGUGGUAUCAAUGUGAUUUAAGCUCACUACCCUCUUCACUUUCAAGAACCUUCGUUCAACUGGAUCCGGAUCAGGAUACAAUUCAUUUUUUGGAGCAAUCUGAAAAGAAAUCUGAAUGGGUGUUUACUCAGUUGUGGCAUUCAGUCGUCAAAUUGUUUUUGAGUUGGUUUUUGACGCAAACCUCAAUAAAUGGUUGGCUCCAACGUGGUUCCAUGUUCGUUUUAUCGGAAUCCCAGUUAAGGAAAUUAUUAAAAGUAGACAAAGAUUGGAGAUCUGGAACACUUAUAGACUUAGGUGCAGGAGAUGGAGAAGUAACAGCACAUAUUGCACCACUUUUUGACAAGAUUUAUGCCACUGAAGUUUCUAAUACUAUGAAAACGUUGCUGAAAAAUCGAGGUUAUGAACUGCUGGAAAUUGACGAAUGGCAUCUAAACAAUAAAUAUGACUUCAUAUCUUGUCUUAACGUCAUCGAUAGAUGCGAUACCCCUUUCCAACUGCUCACUAAUAUACAUAGCGCGUUAAAACCUGACGGUAGAGUUUUGUUAGCUGUAGUUUUACCAUUUUCAGCAUAUGUAGAAUCAGGUUCUGCCGAUCACAAACCUCGAGAAUUAAUUCGAGUGAAUGGCACAAAUUUUGAAGACCAAGUUAAAAGCUUCGUGGAAAACGUUUUCACUCCAACCAAUUUCGAAGUAGAAUCUUGGAGUAGGGUUCCUUAUUUAUGCGAAGGAGAUCUCCAACAAUCUUAUUAUUGGUUAGACGACGCCGUUUUCGUACUCAAACAUAAAAACUCUUAAGAGAAAUUACCAGUAUUUAUAUAUACCGGGGGCGAUUCAUUUUACCGAAAAAGUUACAACAAUUUUACUAAAUAUCUCAGAAAGUGAAGCUUAUAAAAAGCUCUACAAAAAAGGUUUUAUACAUUUUUUACAUCAACUUAAAAUUUUGGCCAUUAUGACAUAUAUUUCCACAGGAGUCAAAUUUGGGAUCUUAAUACUGAAAAAAUAUAUUUACGUAAAAAAUGUAUAUAUUAUAAUUUUUAUAAAGCUUUCAUGGGCAUCAAUUUUUAUUUGAAACUUUUAUUCUAUAAUCAAUAUUUUCAGAGAUAUUUCAUAAAAUUGGGGGCUUCAUCAGUAACUUCUCGUUUUCUCAAGUAUUCAGAUUUUUGUGAGACAUUAUACCACAGUAUUCAUUACUUAUAAACUUUUUUAAUAUUUGAUAUAUUUAUUAAAUAAAAAUAAUUGUAUAAUAAAAAAAUUGUGAAUUUUUUAAUAAAUAAAAUUAUUUCAAGUUGGCAA